AUGGUAUGCAGCAUUGUCGAACUUGCCAUGGCGUUCAAAACUGCGUUAAUUCUAGGCCUGGCCAUGUCCACCGCCGGUUUCCCCAAAUACGUGGCAAAGGUACCCAACGGGGACAAGGUGGCGGGCGUGGAGGCCCUGGGGCAUGUCAACCCAGCGGGGGGCGGGGCUCGCAAUGCAUUUGGUGCGGCCUUCAAGCUGGCCGGGGCGACGUGGACGACUGGUUUGUGCCAGGCUGAUUCGGACAACGACGGGGCCACCAAUGGCGACGAGCUCGGGGACCCUUGCUGCACUUGGAAGGUUGGCGAGAAGCUGGCUACGGCCAAAGCUACCCAUCCCGGAGAGCCUGACAUAUUCACCCCCGAUCAAUUGAACGCACUCAAGUGUGGUGUCACUGCUUUGGAAGACGGAACUACCACGAACCCCGUACCUCUUUCAGCACCCCCUUCCAAGCCUGCGACCGCCCCUAGCCCGUUAACUUCGACUUUAGCCGUUCCCUCCACGACGAACAAACCUGCAGCCAGCCAUGAGCCGAUGGCUGUCCAGAAUACGACGGCGUCGUCCAGUGGUUUGUUGACAGUGUCGGGUGUUGCGAUUGCCCUGGCCAUUCUGCAAUAG